ACUGCCAAACACGAAAACAAUAUGGCGGUCAAUAAUCCAGACUGAAUUACAAAUGGUGAUGUUUGUGACCCUGUUAAAACACGUAUAACCUUUACGGACCCGUAUACGCCUGAACAAAGAUAUCAUAAAUCUAUAAGAAAGUAGAAAAAGACAAUGACAAGUGGUUUAACGUCGCCAGCCGAGCAGUACAGYCCGYUGGAUGAAGACGCUUUACAAGAUCUUUAUACGUGGAUUGACGAGAUCCCGUUGUCUCGUCCUAAGCGUAGCAUAACGAGAGAUUUUAGCGAUGGAGUUUUAGUAGCCGAAAUAGUCCAUCAUUUCUUGCCUAAAAUGGUMGAAAUGCACAAUUACACCCCAGCAAAUGCACAAGCUCAGAAAAUGAACAACUGGAACACACUUAAUCGUAAAGUUUUGGCAAAACUUCACUACACUGUUCCAGAAAACCAAGUUAAAUCAAUAGUCAUAUGCAAAGCAGGGACAAUAGAGCAAGUUUUGAAUAUUCUACGUGUCAAGGUCCUGAAAAUAAUUAUGGUUAURUGUUCAAUACUGGCCCUGUGGACAUGCGUUAUUAUCCCUCACAACAACAACCAGAGUUAUCAGGACAUCCAGGUGCCCCUCCAAUGAAACCCUUAUCAGGUCCAAGACAGAGCGAUAUCAGCUCYGAUGAGCAUGGUAAAGGCAGYGGAAUGAAACUUAAGCAAAGAGGACCAAAYCAAAUACUUGAUAAAGGCAGUAGGACAAAUAUACCACCAAACAAAGGUGGUAAAGUUCCAAGAGCACAGUCUUAUCAAGAUGUAUCAAACGGUGACCAACAAAACUUACGGCUUCAACUUGAAGAAAAAGAACAGUCUUUACUAGCAUCACAAGAAACUAUACAAAUUUUACAAGUCAAAAUAAGACGACUAGAACAUCUUCUUCAUCUCAAAGACAUUAGAAUAGAUGACUUAACGAAAAGAUUACAACAAGCCACACACCCACCCCCUAGGCAAUUACCUCCACAGCAAAAUGCACCCCAACCUACCCAUGGUGGGGACACUGGUAUACAUCCWGCUAUGAUGAGCAUGCAUCAUCAACARCCAUUACCACCACUACAACAUCAUCAUCUGCAAAACCAUUCAAUGUCACAGCAGGAGGAAUGAGAAUGGAAAAAAUGAGAAAUGGRAAAUGAAAAAUGGGAACUGAAAGUGUUAAGCACUAGCAGGCUAGAGCUAAAUGAAAGUCAGUGGAUAUGAUGAAAGAUCAAGCCAUAAUAAUGGACUUAUGAAUCUUUUCAUUAUCUACUCUAGACAUGUGUAAAUAGAAAUAUAUAAUACAAAAGAAUGGGCUGUAUCCAUUUCAUCACCCUUAACAGCAAAAUAUUAAGCGAGAACUGUAAAUAGCAAAAUCACAUACUCCUUUAUCUUAUAUCAUAGAUAGAAUAAAACUAAUGGUUGCUGUAUUUUGCUGAUAAAUUAUGCAUGUUGUUGGUAUAUGCAAUUAAAAUCAUUCACAAGCAAGAACAUCCUGGGAAAUGCCUUUGCAAUAUUUUUUUUUAUGUAAAUUCAUGAAUCCUAAUUCCAUUAGCCUGGAAUUUGUCUGGAAUCUUGCAAGAGUAAGAAUACAGAACAACUCAAAGCAAAGAGCUUGCAGUAAAAAAAAGUUGUAUUAUAUGAAAUGUGGCUCACUGUAAUUGCACUAUAAUAUUCAGGACAAUACAGUUUCUAAAAGCUUAUAUACAACUAACAAUAAAAAGACAGUUGAUGGACAUUGUAAAAAUAUAAUCGAUCAUUUAAUAAUAUUGCAAAAAUGGUGGAUAACRUAAUACCAUACAUACAGUGUAGUGUAUAAUAUCCGGCCCAAAACCCAAGGAUCAACCUUGUGACUGGCUGCAUUUCAGCGUACAGCUGCUUAUGCAUCAGUCAUUUACUAUGUUAAUAGCAAUUGUGGUGGAUUGAGUAUAUUACAUUGAAUUACAAGUUCAUUGAAUGAGCUGA